GUGAGCGGUGAGAGAAAACUGCUAGUUAGCACCACACAGCUCUAAACGCAAAACUCGUAAUCUGGCCAACUGUGUUCACUGAUGUGGAGUUCCUAGGAGCCAGCACUGGCUAAAACUGCAAGUCUGUCAAAAGAACUGAAAUAAGGGGGCAGUUUGCAGAGGCUUAGAUACAAGAUAAUCACAGAGCUUAGGGAUGAACAUCAUGGAAUUUAAAUGAAGACCUAAAAACUGAAAUGCCAAAGAAAAAAAAGAACUCUUCUCUGAGCCCAUUAAGAAAACCAUCAGCAAGUUCCUCUGCCAGCUCUUCAGUUGCUCUAGAGUCAUUUUCACAGCAGCCAUUGGCAAUGAGUAAUAACAACAAUGAAGGACUUUUCAGUAACAUGUGUGAGAUGUUCUCCAACUUGGAUCCUGCUUUGGUUGAUACAGUUCUCUCUGAAUAUAAAGAUGUUGAAGUUGUUAUGGAUUACCUUCUGGAGUUGUCAAAUGCAGCUAAAGAAGAAGUGCAGACAAAAUCUGACUGUUUGGGGUUUGACAGUGUAGCAUCGUUUCUGGAUGACAGCUACCAAAAUGAAGGUACUUCUGGUAUUUCAGAAGAAGCUCCAGGUGAAUUCUCAAGAACUGAAGAUAUUUACACAGAGAUGACACUGUCUAAUGAUUUAGAUGCAUUGUUAGAUGAAGCACUUAAUAAGUACAGUUCCCAAGUGCCUACAGAAGAUGCCUGUGAUCUAGGACAGGGCUACACAUCCACAGACAUUGAAUCAAAUUAUGCUGCAUUUACCGAACUAGCACAAGCUGCCUCAGAAGUACAGACUGUAAAAGAUCUUUUAAAUGAAGAUAGUUUGUGCAGUCUGUCUAAUGACCAUAAUGUAAGUGAUGUGAAUGGCUCCAGUCAUUCUGUAUCAGAAUCUACAAAGCCAGCAGAGGUUCCAAAUUCGGUGUUGGAAUUGAAAAAUUUGGAUGCAUAUUUGCAUUCGGAUAAUUGUUCCACCCUGCUUUCACAAGCAAUUCCAAGAAAUGUAGAUAAAACUGAAAAAACAAAUGUACAAAAUAUGAGUCCUCUCAGCAGUGGACAAACAUCUGCCCUAACAAACACUCAUUUUAAUGUAUCCCAGUCCAGUAGUCCUUUGUUUCACCAGCCACUUUGGAACCCUUUGGCCACUCCUUUUUAUCCAUCACAUCAGUUUUUUACACCAGUUGCUCCUGUGCCUAUGUCAUGGAAUUUUGCUGCUAGUGGAGCUAGCCCCUUUAAGCUAUCAGCUCCUCCUCCACUGUUUAAUGUAAACAGUUUGCCCAUAAAUGCCAGGCAUUUGAAUAAUCAAAAACUGACAGCUCCACCUGAACCUGCCCCCCUCAUCUUUCCUCUGAAUCCAAAAAGAAUUUCACAUUUUGCUGGAAAAGUGCUCAUUAUGCUUCGAGGUGCUCCUGGUUCUGGAAAAACCACCCUUGCAAGGCAAUUGUUGAAGCAUAACCCAGUUGGAUGUAUCCUGAGUACUGAUGAUUACUUUGUAAAAGAUGGGCAUUACCUGUAUGAUCCAAACUGUUUAGGAGAAGCACAUGAGUGGAAUCAAAAAAGAGCCAAAGAAGCCUUUGAGAAGAACAUUUCACCUAUUAUAAUAGACAAUACAAAUUUGCAAGGAUGGGAAAUGAAGCCAUACGUGUCUCUGGCUUUGCAAUUCAGAUAUAAGGUCAUGUUUCGAGAACCUGAUACUUGGUGGAAAUUUAAACCAAAAGAACUUGAGAGGAGGAACACCCAUAGUGUGACAAAAGAAAAGAUAAAAAAAAUGUUGGAAAAUUACGAAAAAAAUGUUGGUGUGAACUCCAUUUUAAAUAAGUCACAUUCAAAAAAGUCUGAAAAUGCUGUACAUGGCCUAACUGGCACCAUCACUGAAGGAGAAGGAAAAAAACCUUCUGAACCAAUUACUUUAAUAGCAACAGAUGAAAAUAAAGGUUCAUUUACACAGAAAACUGAAGGGGAGAGGCUUUUUUGCACCAAUGAUGCAGCAAAUGUUUCAGAGAACAGUAUUUCAUUAGAAAUGUCACAAAAUUACCAAGGGGAGUUAUUUGAAGAAGCUAUUAUAAAAAAUGAAAGCAAUUCUGGUUCUGAUGUUGUUAAAAUGAGUGAGGUGUUGCAUCCUUGUGAAAAAGACUUAUAUCUCUGUGACAACGCAAAAUCUUCUGACGAAAAAUCUUUAAACCAAAGGUCCCUUGAAGAAGGGCAUGAAGAAAAAAUGGCAGUUAUGCAAGAUAACUCAAACUUAGAGGGUGCAUCAUUCUCGCAGAGUGAAGGAUCUGAGUUUCUAAAUUUCGUUGGAGACUGGCCAGUAGAAAAAAGUAUGGGUCAAAGAAUCCCUCGUAACAGAAAGAAAGUCAAGGCAAACAUGAUGGACGGCAGUGAAGUGUGUGAAAUGUCUGCACAGCAUAUUUAUGAAAAGGAUAAUUCUGAGAAAAGUAAUACUAUGGAUAGUGAUGUUUUUUCACAAGACUGCAAAGAAAUUGGUACUUCUGCUGAAUCACAACAAAAAUAUGAUAUUGAAAUGUCUGAAAAAACUACUCUAGAAUUGCAAGACUCAUCUUGUAAUUUUUCACAUAUCUUUUUAAAGGAGGAGCAUUUAACUCCAAGAAUAAGCAAAGCUUCCGCCGAUGAUGACAUCACUUCAGAAAAUGUUAAUGAAGUUAAAGAAGUCACUGAUAGUAUGAAAAACAGAGAACUGUCAGACGAUAAAGAGAAUGAAAUGUCAAAUUGUGGAUCAAUGAUAGAGAGAAAGCCUAAGUCAACUAAACGUAAUUGCAGGCAACGUAAAUUAGCUUUAACCUUCACAAAUAGCUCUUCUAGUUCUUUAGAAAACAAGGAAACUCAGUUACAGGGGAUAGAACAUAUGAAUAAUGGGAACAACAAACAUUCACAGACUGAGCCUUUUGAUUUUGCGUUGGCAUGGAGAGUAGAAAAGAAGAAUAUAGAUAUUUCUGACCCAGCUAAAGUUCUAACAGGAAAAAGUGAAAGAUUUAAAUCAAAAUUAUUGGUUGCAAACUCAGAUUCUCAGGAAGAUAUACCAUAUAGAGUUAUGUAUGACAAAAGUACUUUUGUGGAAGAAAAUGAGAUCAUUGGCUUGGGGGAUCAUGAUAGUCUAAAUAUUCUGUGCAAACUUUUUAAGUCGGUUCCAUUUGAAAUGUUAAAAGAUCUUUUUGAAAGAUGCAAUAAGGAUAUUGUCUGGGCAACAAAUUUGCUUCUUGACUCUGGUGAAAAGUUAUCUAGAGAAGAAGAUUGCCAACUAGAAGAAUUUAGUGUAAGUGGGGAAGAAACCCCUACAGAUUUAGAAAGUUGUCAUGAUUUAGAUGAAGGCUUAGAAAAUUUUGAUCCAACCACCAUAGCAGCACCAAAAUCAGGGUCACCUGAUAUAUAUACAGAUCAACUGAUUGUGCAAACAGAACAAACAGGUGAAAACUGCAAAAAGGUGGAACAUUCUAAUCUGUUAAAUACUGUACAGCUUACAAAUGAAGAUACUAACAAUAUGAUGGCAUCUGUAAUACAUUUAAAUAAAAUAGUGAGUGAUCAUGACACAGCAGUGGAAGCCCAUUCCAUAAAUCAGUCAUCAAGUUCAGAUUUAGAAGGGGAGCAAUUAAAAACACAUGAUUUAUAUAUAAGUACUGUUGUGGUCAGCAGCGUCUUAGAAAGCUUUAACAAGGAAAUGAAUAUUGCUGGUACCACUGGGUCCAAUGAAGAGCUAUACCCACCAAAUAACAUUACUGCGGAUGAGAGAGAUUACCAGAAAGAAGGAGAAAACACUGUUUUAGAAGAGGCCAAUAAUAGCAACUUGGGAACAUUUCCAAAGGAGCCUCUCCGCUUUGAUCAUCUUGAGUUGUCUUUACCUCCAGAGCUUGCCUUCCAGCUAAGUGAAAUAUUUGGACCAGUUGGAAAAGAUCCAGGUUCUCUAACUAUUGAAGAUUGUGUAGUCCGCAUAGAUUUAAAUCUGGCUAAAGCUAUUCAUAAGAGAUGGAAAGAAUCGAUUAUGGAAAGACAUCAUCAAGAAGCAUUAUCAUACCAACUGCUUUUUGAAGACCAUUUCCAGAUGAAUGAUUUUGUUCAGAGAGAGGAGUCUGGACUGGUUGGAAAUACCCUUGAUCAUUCACAUGAAGUGCCAGACAUGUUGCCUUUCAUGGACCAGUGGAAUGUGCAAACUAAAAAAGUGUCAUUAAGGCAAAUCAUGUCAGAAGAAAUAGCAUUGCAGGAACAGGAAUAUUUGAAGAGGUCUUCACUCAGGAAAAACUGUGCAGAAAAGAUGAAGGAGAAACAGCUAUUUGAAAUGUUUCCUUAUGUAGAAGAAAAGCUGCUUAUGGAGAUUUUUAUGGAAAACAACUACUCUUUUGAGAAGACCAAACAGUUCAUGUGUUCUGUUCUUGAAGCUGACCCUGUGCAGAAUGUUGUAGCUCCAGAAUUUAAACAAACCAUGACUGCAUCUUCAGAAAAGAUCAAAGAGAAGAAAUCUAAAGUGGACAAGGAUAUCCCAAAUGAUCAAUGUUUCCAGGACUUUGAAUAUCCAGAGUAUGACGACUUUAGAGCAGAAGCUUUCUUAUAUCGUAAGAAGCAGCAAGAAAGCUUUAGAAAAGCAGAGGAAGCUUACAAUAGGGGUAUGAAGCAGGUUGCAACUUACUACGCACAACAGGGUUAUCUUUAUGGGCAAAAGAUGAAGGAGGAAAACCACAGAGCUGCUCUUAAAAUCUUCCAGAGAGCGAAUGAGUUUCUGCUUCCAGAGAACAUAUUAGAUUUACAUGGGCUACAUGUUGAUGAGGCUAUGAAACACUUUCGAAAAGUGCUACAGGACAAGAGGGAAGAAUACAGGAAGAACGGUGGUAAAUCCCAUCUCUCUGUGAUUACGGGAAGAGGAAAUCAUAGCCAAGGAGGAGUUGCUCGUAUUAAACCGGCUGUAAUUGAUUACCUCAAAAACCAUGACUUCAGGUUCUCAGAAAUAAGACCAGGGGUUCUCCGUAUUACACUGAAAUAAUAUCUACAUCAGAAUCAAGACCUCAUCUUUUUUUAUCACAAUAACAAGCGGACAAUAUGAACUAUUUUGCUUACAGUAUUUACAUGUGUAUAAUUAUGACUGGAAAGUAAUGAUUUUUUAUUUUUGUUUGCAACUCUUUCUACUUAUUUGUUAAGAUGCAAAUUAUGCUUUAAACAUCCAGGGAACGGCAUUAUGUAGCAAAAAAUGGAAUUCAGCAAACAAUUCCUUUAAAAUAGAUAUUUUAAAUUUUUCCAUGACACUUUGGUAGUGAACAUUAAUUACAAUUGAUUUUAUUUAGGUUUUGUAUGCAAAAUGAAUGCAUAUGCAGCUAUUUCUAGAUCUUUUACAUCUUAUUUUUUCUUUUUCACUCUGUAACCUCCACCUUUCCAUGCCAGGUGUCGGGUAGCAUUUAUUUAUACUUUCAGAAGAGUAAAAUAGAGCCGAUAUUAAUUUGGUGUAUAGUUUUGGACUAUCUGAUUUGAAUUUUAAAGCAAUUUUAUUCCUUCAGCUCUUUAAGUAAAUUAAUUACCCAAAAUGUAAUAUUAAUAGGAAUUUUACUGAAAAAGUAUGUAUUUUAUCUGCAUCAUUGUUUUGAUAUUCUUUUGCCAAGUUCAGUUUUCUGCUGUGAUCAAAUUGAUCUGCCAUACCCAGCCAUUCCCUCUCUUUUGCUUUUAGCAUUAUAGCCUGCUGGAAUUUGAAUUGCUUUUGUCUAAUUUUGAAUUAUUUGUAAAUGGACUUUAGUUUCAAAUGGCAAUAUUAACUGAACAAGAAUACUGAAAAUGCCACAGAUGCAUUUUUGUGCACUACUUUUAUUUUAAAUAACUUUCUAAAUAUUGGUUUAAAUGGUCUGUGUAUAUAGUAUUAUUCAAAUGAUAUCCAGAGAUAUAUUAAACACACCCCUUCACCACAAUAGGUACUGAAACAAGAUACCACUAUAUUCUCUAUUGAGGGUAAUCCUUCGCCCCUUUUUAUGAUUUUAAUAUAUUUUCCUAUUACACAAAAUUAAUUCUUGGUUAAAUAGUCUAUUAAGAAUCUACUCAGCACUAAAAUUAGUCUGUGUUACAUUAACAUUAUCAAACAAUUAAAAGCAUUUAAGGUACUAUCAAAAAAAGAGCAUUCUGUUGCAAAACAAUCUCCAUUUGUUAGAACAUAAUUGUUUUUCCACUAAUUUCCUUUGCAAACUAUACUUAAAACAUCUACAAAGGGAUUAAACACACAGAUAAAAUCCUGCAACACUUUGCAGCCCUCAAAGUGUACAUAGCCGGUGAGCCAAUUAGGAGCAGCAUACUCCUGUAGCUGCCAAUCACAAGCCAUGUCCUGCUCACAAGCUGCAAUAUGCUGUAGCUCCUUUUUGUUUUUAACCCGUUUUGUAGAGAUUAAGUACCUAGUAAAUGCCACUAAUACAAAUAAUAUACACUAACAUUAGAAUGUUUAAUUUUUACCUUAGAAUGUCCUUUUAAUGAUUGUAACAGGUAUUGUCUGCUUUAUUUUAUCAACCUAUUUUAUCAUUUGUGUUUCACACCAAAUGUUUUAUUUAGUUAUUUUAUAGUAUCACAUAUAAAUCAGCACAUUUAAAAAAAAAAAAAAAAGUUUUUUUACACAUUUGAAAGAAGAAAAAAAAACACUAAUCAUCUCUUAUUUUUUCCCAAUUGUGAUCCAGUGGACAUGUGAUCUAUUUCACAUGAUCUAGUAUAUGUUCUUUAAACCAAUGGCAUGAUAAUGGUACGCGCGUAACUGAAUGGAAUUUGUUUUAAUGAUAACUAGAAUUAUUAUCUAUAAUUAAUAUUCAUCCUGACAUUUAUAUUAGAUGGUUUAUAUUUGCAUGUAGAUUACCUGUAUGUGAUAAAAUGUCUUUUCUUCUUUGCAGUUACAUUUAAAGGGAUACUAAACCCAUAUUUUUUCUUUAAUGAUUCUAAUAGGAGUAAAUUAGGGUUUUUUCUUAAAAAUUAUGUUCUAUUAUCAAUUUUUCUUCAUUCUCUUGCUAUAUUUACUUGAAAAGCAGGAAUGCAAAGCUUUGGACCCUGCCCAUUUUGGUUCAGAACCUGGGUUGCACUUGCUGAUUUGUGGCUAUAUGUAGCCACCAAUAAGCAAGCGCUAUCCAGGGUGCUGAACCUAAAAUUGGCGAGCUCUUAAUUUUUACAUUCCUGAAUUUCAAAUUAUGAUAGCAGGAGAACAAAGUAAAAUUGAUAAUAAGAGUAAAUUAGAAAGCUGCUAAAAAAAAAUGCUGCUCUACCUGAAUCAUUAAAGAAAAAAAAAUGGGUUUAGUAUCCCUUUAAGAAAAUGUUGUUGUUUUAUAUCAACUUUUCCAGUUAUAGAAACAAAACAGAACCACAUUAUUGGGUGGUUUUGGUUACAGUACACAGUGCCGGGUUCUUGUAACACUUUUAUAUUACUGUGGAAUCUGAAAGUUCCUAUUUACUGUUCUGUCUCCAACUCAGGUGUUCAUAGGCUUCUUUGCCUAUAGCAUGAUGACUUACUGUGUCAUGCUUUAUUAUUGUUAAUUACAGAAAUUUGUCUGUGGGGUUUUGUAGAGAAUAUCAUUUUUUUACAUUUGUUUUAAUAAUUGACUAAAAGACAAAACCUUUUCUGGAACAGGCACAUUCUGGCAGAUGCAUCCUGUUAUGCAUAUUAAAUAUUGGUUGAUUUGAAAAAAAAAUAAUCAAAGACUAAUAUCAUUUAGCAGAGAACAUCCAACGUUAGUGAUUGCUGCCUGAUUACAAAAAAAUAUGGUAAAAAAAAGUGUUGUAAUUCACUUUUAUGUAUUUCCACACCUUUUACUAACCAUUCUCGUUAUUUUUAAUUCACUAGUUUUUCAAUGUACAGAUAAACUGUACUUUACAGGGAUUUCCUGUUUCUAUGCUAUGUUUUAUAUGUAUAAAUGGGAAUUUACAAAGUAAUUAGGCUACUAGCUGGAACUACAAUAAUUAAUUGUAUAUCAUGAAUCUUGUGAUAAACAAAGUAUAAGAGGUGCUUACACCAAAAAAGAUUGUAAUUAAGUAAAAGUCAGAACAAAUGUCUAAAAAAAAAAAUUGUAUUUUCUAUUUUUUUAAAUUCUGUACAUUUUUUAUUUUAUGGUGUGCAAUAUACAAAUUUUUGGUAUUUUCUUUUUUGAAAACACUGUUUUACUUAAAAUAUUUCCAUGUGUUUUAUGGUAAAAUAAAGUAAAAUGUAUUCAUA